CGUGGUCACCGUGAGAUUGGUUCGCCGUCGGCUUCCUGCUGCAGUGAGAAGAGCGGCGUCGAGACAUACUGGGAAGACUUAACACCACCACCUCCAAUAAAUGCACCAUACAAUGAAACUGUUAGCACUACCUCCCUCUGUGGAUGUCCGCUUUGUCACGGCUGUACUGCUGGUGAUGGGCCUCUCUACUCCCGGACAGGCAGAAAUCGUCAGCCUGGACUCGAACAACAUUGACGACGUCCUAAAUAAUGCUGGGGUGGCAUUAGUGAAUUUUUACGCAGACUGGUGUAGAUUCAGUCAAAUGCUCCAUCCAAUUUUUGAGGAGGCAUCUAACAUAGUGAGGGAGGAGUUCCCUGAUACAAAGCAGGUGGUGUUUGCUCGCGUCGACUGUGACCAGCAUUCGGACAUAGCUCAGCGCUACCGCAUCACCAAGUAUCCAACACUGAAGCUGUUCCGCAAUGGGAUGAUGAUGAAGAGGGAGUACAGGGGUCAGAGGUCAGUGACGGCCAUCGCUGACUUCAUCCGCCAGCAGCAGGUCGACCCAGUGAAAGAGCUGCCCUCAGUGGAGGAGAUUAAUUCUGUGGAUAGGAGCAAGAGAAACAUCGUUGGUUUCUUUGAAAACAAGGACUCUGACAACUAUCGAACAUUUCAGAAAGUUGCCAACAUCCUUCGAGAUGACUGCACAUUCUUGGCCGCUUUCGGUGAGGUGUCUAGGUCCGAGCGCUUCAGUGGAGACAAUGUGGUCUACAAACCUAUGGGCGAGGGCAUUCCUGACAUGGUUUACCUCGGCUCCCUCACCAACUUUGACCUGACCUACGCCUGGGCCCAGGACAAGUGUGUGCCUCUGGUUAGGGAGAUCACCUUUGAAAAUGGAGAGGAGCUGACUGAAGAAGGAAUCCCUUUCCUCAUCUUGUUCCAUCUUAAAGAAGACACAGAGAGCUUAGAGAAGUUCCAGCAUGAAGUGGCUCGCCAGCUCAUCGGUGAGAAAGGGUCAAUAAACUUCCUUCAUGCGGACUGCGAUAAGUUCCGCCAUCCUCUGCUCCAUAUCCAAAAAACGCCAGCUGACUGUCCCGUUAUCGCCAUAGACUCAUUCAGACACAUGUAUGUCUUCCCCGACUUCAAAGACCUCAAUGUCCCUGGCAAACUGAAACAGUUUGUUUUGGACCUUCACUCUGGUAAGCUUCACCGAGAGUUCCACCACGGGCCCGACCCCACGGACAGCACGCCUGGACAGGAGGAGACGGGCGGAGAAGCAGCCAGCAGUCCUCCAGAGAGCUCGUUCCAGAAGCUGGCACCCAGCGAGACACGCUACACCAUCCUCAGCCGAGACCGUGACGAGCUGUGACCUUAACGGCCUUCCUGUGACUCAAUGCCACGCCCCGGGGUCAGGGAGGGGGUUAGGGUUGGGACAGGCUAGUGGGACAGAACAGCAACACCCAACACCCUUACUGAAGAAAAAAAAAAAAAAAAGACGACGAGGAGAAAGAAGAACGGGAGGAGGAGAGUGGAGUCCAUGACACAACCAUGUUGGGCUAACCUAUAUUUUCAUAACACUUUCACAAUUUUUAUUUUGAAUCAAAAACGUGGGUGGGCUAAAGAGGGACAAUGUGUGUGUGGGGCAUUGGGACAUCAAUAGAAGUGUUUUUACUUUUAUUCUUUGGAGGUUGUAAAUAUGUUUGAGCUACAUUGGACUCUCAAUGUUGGUCUAAAUUAAAUGCAGUGUUGUUGUUUUUUUCCUUUAUUUUAUUCCUUUACAUCACCCUGCAUUUUUUAUUUUAUUUUGUGUUUUGUUUUUUUUGUUUUUUUUGAGGGGAAAAAACUAAAAGGAAAAACAGAACAGAUCCCUCACUCACUCCGGUUGUGCGGUUCUUAUCUGUGGGUAGUCCAGUUCAGCCUGUCUGACAGGAGAUACUCGUUUAGUCUCACUGACCUCAUGGCUGCAUCUCAAUAUGACCAACUCAAGUGUAACUCAUUUGUAUAGCACAAGUUAUAACUGUAUACCUGUUUGAAGUAGCUUUAUCUCCAUAUCUUCUACACACACACACACACACAAACACAAAGAAGAAAUAGAAGAAUAUUUGGUAGGGGUAGCAUAACUUUAAAUCAUGGCUUGAAGAUAAAGAGACUGAGCUACUCCAGCCUAUUGAGAUGCACCCCUUCUCUCCCUGGUACGAGUGGUACCAUGGUCAUUGAUUAUGAUGUCCCUUACUGUGCUUAUAAAAUAUCCCUGGGGUCUUCUUACAUUAUAUUUUUUCUUACCGUAUUGUGCCGCAGUGGAUGUAGUUAGGUUUUUCUUUCCCUCCCUCCACCACCAAUCAAAAGGAUGUCAUACCAGAUUUAAUGUUUUGUAUAAACGUAGCACAAAUCUGCACCAGAAAUGCACCAUCAUCCCUCUUCAUGAAGCCUGGUGGUGGCAGCAUCAUGCUGCAUGGAGGCCCUCUCUGCAGCAGCCGUGUGAUCUUACAGAAGGUCAAAUGCAUGUCGCAAAGAGAAAUACUUUACAGAAAACCCUUCAGCUAUGUUAUUUCUUUUAGAGGAAGAAGAAAAAGCAACACACAGGCAAAUUAACAGGAACGUGACAUUUUCUUUUGUAAUUUGAUCAACCAAAAAAGAAAAAGUGUGGGAAGCUGUAGUGUCCAGACCUGAGGCAGCAAUCCGCAAGAAGCUGGAACUGCUGCUGACUCAGAACGAAGUCAUGAAGGAUACGAAUGCUUGGCAGAUCUGUCCACUCCACCCUCUAAAGCAUCUGAAGAUGCUGAGAAACAUCCUGCAGUCAGAACAUUUCUAGCCAGGAUCCUUUUGUUAGAAAUCUUUUAAAUCCACAGACAUAUGGUGAAAUCUAAAGGUCAAAGGGCAGGCUGGGUACUUUUCAUUGGGGUUGUUGUGGCAGUGACACCUUGGAGUUCUGUUCCUGGGAGUCAAAAGUAAAGAAGCUUUUUUGAAAUACUGUACUUUAA